AUGCCGCCUCGGCGACGAGACUCUGUCGCGACUGCGAACGCUGCGCAGAAGGAACUUCGCUAUAACAUCCCUGGUCUGAGCUUCAGCGAUACUCUAACAUGGCGCGCUGGCAAGCCUAUAGCUGUCGCUGAUCUCUUGAACCGACUCCAAAAGCUGGGGAACGAAUUGCGCAAUUUUGAAGAUGAUCAGGUUGACUCGCGCAGCUUCACCACUCUCGCGCACGACCUGGCCAAUGCCAAUCUUCUGGGCCACAAAGACAAAGGUGUGAGGGCGUGGACCGUUGCAUGCAUUGUCGAUGUUCUAAGACUCUGCGCCCCCGAUGCGCCGUUCAUCGAGGGCCAACUCAAGGACAUAUUCACCGUCAUCAUCAACUCAAUACUUCCUGCGCUAGCCGAUCCUACAAACGCGUACAAUGCCCAGCAUGUCUACAUCCUACACUCGCUCGCAGAGUCACAGAGUAUUCUGCUUGUCACGGAUAUCCCCAACCACGAGAAUCUUAUCGUGUCUCUGUUCACCACUGCUUUUGAUAUUGUCUCUGGGUCAGGUAAUAAUGCCACUGGAGUGGAAGUCUCGAAGAGCGUGGAAUACCACUUGAAGAACCUGCUCGCAUCAGUUGUGGACGAGGUGACCUUGCCUCAGGAUGUGACUGAUAUUAUAAUCUCUCAAUUCAUGCGAGUUGACGCUCGAACCGGAGACAAACCUUCCAAUAAGACGAAGAGACGAGACACCCAGGACACCAAGCAAGCCACUCUCCUUCUUAAAGAGUAUCCUCCCGCUUACAACAUGGCAAAAUCUCUAUGCACAACGUGCCCCGACAAGAUGACUGCUCAUGUGACGCAGUAUUUCGGAACAGUCAUCGUUGAUGCGACCUCAACUAUUUCAUCAAAUGGCGCGGGGAAAGCAUCUCACCGAAGAAUCUCUGAUCUGGAGGAUUCUGAAGAUGACCAUGAAGGGUUAGCCGACUUGCGCAAAGCUCAUCGUCUCCUUCGGGAACUGUGGCGCGCAUGUCCAGACGUUUUGAUCAAUGUUGUGCCUCAGAUUGAGGCCGAAUUCUCUGCUGACUCUCCAAUGUUACGCCAACUUGCCACGGAAACAAUUGGUGACAUGACUGCUGGCAUUGGUAUUGCUGGACUUGUUCCACCAACACCUCUUGACCCAGCUGCUUAUCCUUUGCCCUCAAUCGAGCAACCCGACCCACCAUUUCAAACGACCAAUCCCCUAUUAAAUCCAGCGUCCCCCAAACCGUUUGCCACUGUCCAUGCUUCCGCGUAUCAAGUCUUCUAUGGCAGGCGACAAGAUAAAAUACCUACUGUUCGUACUGCAUGGGCAAUCGCCGCAUCUCGAAUUCUUCUCACAUCUGCAGGUGGUAUCGGGUUGAAUGACAAUGAGCUACAAGACCUGUUGUCGGGGUUUGCCCAUGCACUCCGUGACCAUGAGGAGCACGUCCGCCUGGCGGCCCUCCAAUCUAUGCAUGACUUUGGGUACCAAGCACUUAUCACCACAUUGGGCGCUGACGGAGGCCUUUCGAAGCCAAACACUGUUUUUUCGACCCUAGCUGAGCGAGUAACCGACAGAAAACAAAAUGUUCGGGAGGAGGCUAUCCAAAUUCUAGCCCAAAUUUGGGGUGUUGCUUCUCGCGAUGUCGAAAACGGCGUGGAGUUGGUAAAAUCAACAGUCGGCGAUUUUCCCAAUCGACUCCUUCGCGCGUAUUACACCAACGACAAACAUAUUCACGCCUUGAUUGAUAACGCAUUCCACGAGAGCCUCUUACCACUGUCAUUUCCGCCAAUCAAGGUCCAGAUUCCAAGAUCUGACAGCCGGAAACAAAAAGCUAAAGAUAAAGAAAACAGCUCACAGGAGGGACCAGUGUCUGAUCCCGACGCCAUCAGAGCUCGCCGCAUCCUCACUUUGGUACAAGGCCUGGAUUCUAAGUCAAGGCCCAUCUUUUUUCACCUCCAAAAUCUGCAAGCCCAGAUAAGCAAAGCCGUGGUCGUGUUUCUACAGAAAUGCGAGGAAUACAAUGGUGGAGUAGUCGAGGAAGGAACUUCUGAGGCCGCAGUCAAGAGCCAAUUAACUCGCCAGAUUGAAAACUUGUCCAGACCUUUUCCGGAUGCUGGAGAUGUUGCAGCGAAUCUUUGGCGAUUCGCAAAGCAACAUAAUAGGCGCUGGUAUCAAUUGAUAAGGUUUGCUACCGGACCUGAGAAUGACUAUCGCACUGUGACAAAAGCAAUCAAGGAGCUUCAAAAGCGUAUCCGGGAAAGUUCAUCGAGCUUACAUUCACUAUUGGACACAGUCAUGCCGCUUGUAUACAAGUGCAGCCUGCUUUUGUUCAAUAGAAGUCAUGUUCCAAGUAUCAUGGAAAUUUCUAGAAGUGAUGAAGCCGGAUUGGCCGAAGUCGCGCAUGAAGUUCUUCAAGAAAUCUCAGCCCGAAACCCAGAGGUCCUGAAAUAUCAUAUCCAGGCGCUUUGCAAGGAGCUCGAAGAUGAAGCUCCAACCAAUACAAAAUCCGAGGAUGCAGGCACUGCUAAUACGCUCAAGGCCUGUGCCGCUUUUGCUCGAAAGUACCCUGCUGAUGUUCCCAAAGAGCGCAAGUUCAUGACCUCAUUGACGAACUUUGCACUCUAUUCUCAAUCGCCGCGAGCCGCGAAGCAUGCUGUUUCUAUCCUCUUACGCGUGGCGGACAAGAAGGAAAUGUAUGCCAAAGACAUUCUCACAAAGGCACUCAAGGAUUGUAAAUCAAGCUCCAAUCAAUUCUUGGGCCGGCUGGCAUCUAUAUCACAAAUAUGUUUACUUGCACCCGGUACGGCGACUCCCCAGCAGGAUGCAAUCCACAAGCUUGCAGUCACGGAAAUUUUACUCAAGAACCGCUCUCACGACACCGAAGACAACGCGAACCCUUGGGAAGAAGUUGCUGACUCCGAGGCUAACUCGAAAACUUUGGCAUUAAAGAUCCUUGUCAACCUCGUGAGAUCUCAAGAUGAAAAGGCUCAAGAGAAUCAAUUUCAGCGAUUCGCAAAUGAGGCAUUCAAAUACCUACUAAAACUGAUAGGAGAUGAUGGAGAGGUGAGCACUUCAAAGAAUACGCCUCUAGCACAGAGGAAUCGCCUACGAUUGACAGCUGCUUGCUUUGUUCUGAAACUUUGUAGCCACAAAAGAAAAUGCGAAGAGUUGGUCAGUGCGGCAAUGUUCAACACCAUGGCAAUGAUCAUUAUCAAUCCACCAAACGCUGUACGUGCAAGAUUUGUUUAUCAGCUCAAAAAAUACCUCGGUCAUGGACGGCUAGCACAUAGGUGGUUUACGCCACUGUUUCUCCUGGCUUUCGAACCGGACAAUGACUUGAAGGCUUCGACCAUGACUUGGCUCAAAUCAAGAGUGCAAUAUUUCGCAAAGCAGCAACUACAGGCUAAGAAUGGUGACAAGAAGCCUCCGCCGAAUGUCAUGGAAUCCAUCUUUUCUCGCCUUUUGAGUCUAUUAGCUCAUCAUCCAGAUUAUCCGAGCAAAGAGGCGGAGGAUUUCGACGGAGAGUUACUGGACUUUUCCAGAUACAUCAUUUUCUACCUUGUGACCGUGGCUACUGAAGAUAACUUGUCGUUGAUCUUCCACGUUGGCCAAAGAGUAAAGGGCGCGAGAGAUGGUAUCGUCGGGAGUGAGGACGCAAGCGAGCGAUUAUAUGUGCUAAGCGAUCUGGCACAAACAGUGAUUCGAAAUUAUGCAGACCUUAUUCCGGCGCAUGCUAAGGGCACUAAUCUCCUGCAAACUUGGCCUGGUCAGGUCACUCUUCCUCGAAGCUUGUUCAAAGCAUUGCCAAGUCACGAGGUUGCGCAAGAAAUUGCUGAGAAAAAUUACCUGCCCGAGGAUGUUGCUAGCGGUCUAGAGAAACUGGUUAGAACAUAUACCAAACAGUUGAAGAAUCCUAAUCAGCCAGUGAAGAAAUCAGCCACCGUUGAGAAGAAGCGAAAGAGUGAGGUGUAUGAUCUCGAUGGCGAAGGCGAUGAGAAGCCAAAGCAAUCGAAGAAACCGAAGAAGGCCGCCCUAGCAAUCAGAAAGUCACCGAAGCAAGCACGUAAAAGUGUGGACAUUUCCAGUCCAGUCGAGCCCUCUCGGAAAAGCUCCCGGGUGUCCAAUGCGAUCAAGUACACUGAAGCGGAUACUGACGAGGAUGAUGCGGAGAUGGAGGAAAAUGAUCUUGGGAGCAGCAGUCCAACCUCGCGACGAAAGAGGGAGGCAACCGAGAUCGAAGACGCACAGGAGAAUGUGUAG